AGAAGAGGCGGAAACAACUCUAACCAAGUGUUAUGUUCAGUGUAUUGUCCUCUAAGAGUGUGAGAAAUUGAGAUGCUCUCUGUAAUUUAUUCUUCGUAGUGCGAGGGAGUUGGGACUUGGGAGCCAAAGUAGAGUUGUGUGAGAGAGAGAGAAAGAGAGAGAUUGAUUCAUUUCAUGGUGGUUCUCCUCAACUUGCAAGGGGUAGGGGUAGGAUGUCCUCAUCCUCCUCUCACUCCCAGUCCCACAAUGCUUACUGGUCAUCCACAUAGGCGUCAUACGAGUGGGAGAUGGAGGCGGCGGAGCAGCGGCAACUUUGUGCUCCGAUGCGCAAUUGCCGAACCGUCAGGAGAGCCGGCUCCACUGGGGCAGAAAACACAAUACAGAGAUGGGUUCUUGGAGAAGGUGUUCAUGGCUCUGUUCGCCCGCAAGAUGAAGAAACACGCUGCUUCCCCCACCACCACCACUGCGUCUUCUGCUUGGAAUUACGACUACGACAGCUUCGUGGAUGUAUCGAGAAGGGUAAUGCAAGGGAGGUCCCGUUUGCAACAACAGCAAGUAGUACGAGAGGUCCUUCUUUCUAUGCUACCUCCCGGUGCCCCUGCUCAGUUCCGAAAAUUAUUUCCACCUACAAAAUGGGCCGCAGAGUUCAAUGCUGCAUUGACGGUUCCUUUCUUCCACUGGUUAGUUGGACCUUCUGAGGUUGUGGAAGUGGAGGUAAAUGGAGUGAAGCAAAGAAGUGGAGUCCAUAUAAAGAAGUGCAGGUACUUGGAGAAUAGUGGUUGCGUUGGAAUGUGCGUGAAUAUGUGCAAGAUCCCUACUCAAGAUUUUUUCACCAAUGAAUUUGGACUUCCCUUAACAAUGAACCCAAAUUUUGAAGAUAUGAGUUGUGAGAUGGUGUAUGGACAAGUGCCACCUCCUUUCGAUGAGGAUCCAGUGUCCAAACAGCCUUGCUAUGCAAACUUGUGUUCUGUGGCAAAUCCCAGUUCCAGUGUUUGUCCUAAAUUACAGGCGUGAAAAGAUAUCCUUUUCUACUGUGGAAUUCGAAAGAAAACAAAGAGG